AUGGUUGUUUGGUUUUCUUGGAAAACUAUUUCAGUCAACCAAAGGCUUGCAGUUACUCUUCGUUUCCUGGCAACAGGAGAUUCAUUUCAGAGCCUUGCGUAUUUAUUUCGCAUUUCGAAACAAGCAAUAUCUCAAAUAGUACCUGACGUAUGUGGAGCUCUGGUGGAAGUACUGGAGGAUUAUGUAAAGAUACCUGCGACUGAAAACGACUGGAGUGAAACAGCAUGUUUAUUCUCACAGAUUCUUCAGUUCCCCCGUUGUGUCGGAGCAAUUGACGGGAAACAUAUUGUGCUACAGUGCCCUGUUGGUAGUGGAAGUCAAUAUUAUAAUUAUAAAGGUUCAUUCAGCAUUGUGCUGCUCGCUGUCGUAGAUGCCAGCUACAACUCUUUGUACGCAGAUAUUGGCUGCCAAGGCAGAAUAUCAGAUGGUGAUAUACUAACCACAUCUUUGGAUGAGAGCUUCAAUCAACUGAAAUCUCAUUAUGACUAUUUUGAUUUUCUCCAUGACAUCGGCGAGCUGAAGAAUGCACCUCCUGACAACUUGGACACAAAGUGA